UCGUACUUGCAUUUGUCUCGGAGCACUCUACCCGAUCGUAAUCCCCGAACAACGUCCCUCGUGCAACGAACGCGCGAAAAAUCGGCGCAUCCGAAAAUGCGUCACGUGCAACGUCCCGUCUGACCCGUCUGACCCCGUCGUCUCGCUAUCGCGCGCGAAUUCUGUGAUCUCGACCGAAUCUUUUCUCUUUUCUUUCUCUCUUUUUCUCUCGGAGUGCCACAUAGAGUUGAGUACCAAGUCCGCGAACUUUUACCUCGAUCUUUUCGAAAUUUCGAACGAAGAGUGUCGCUCGUCCUGUUUUCGACAGGAAACGGCCGCGUCGAUUUAUUUAUUUCUCCGAUUUGUUAAAGUUUCUCUUUGGUUUUAAUUCGCCAUCGGAGAAAGUAUUACGGAUUGCCGGGUCGAAUUGUGCUGUGGUGGCUCGGAAAUGAGACAUAGGAUUAGACACGACUGAGCAGCUGCAAGAAUGGCAAGGACAUUUUUAUUGAGCUUAAUAGUGGCGUUACUGCUGGUCUUCGCUUUUACCGAAGCUUCUCGCGGACAGACUAAUCAGACGGAUGGACAGAAAAUAACAAAUCGCGGUACUGCGCGAUACAACUUUAAAUCAACAACGGAAUCGAGUAGUCUUUCUACACCGGAAACCAGGUUGCUUCGCGAUAAGAGUUCCCGUUCAGAAACAGUUGCCAACUUAGAAAAGCAUGAAACGCAUUUCGCGAGAGAAGGUUCGAUUAGAUCGCGAUCAAAAUUAAAGCAAUCACAAGCGUCAGAUGAUUCCACUACUACAUCACGGACAAGUUCGAGGCAUUUGAAUACUAGUGUCGAUAAUUCACGAAAUCGUCAAAAAUCGCACGCCACACAGAUUCUUAAAGAAGAAAUAACGAGAAAUGACAAUAAAGAGAACACGCCUGAGUCACGAACGCCGAAACGAUUGACAGCUUCUCGAAGGACGUCUUCGGACGAAUCCCUCAUCUGGGUGGACAAUGUAAAGUUGGAUUCCGAAGUGUUCACCAAGUCGAAUCAUUUAAGAUCAAGAACAGGAAGAAAGAUUUCUGUGAAUCACGGGAGAGAAUCGAAAGGUGAAAUAAUCUCAACCAGAAAAUUUCCGGAAAAUGAAAAUGUGGAGAAAGCUAAAAGUCCAAGCAAGGAAUCGGAAAAGGAAGAAGUACAAUUGGAACAUUCAAAAAUCGAGAACGUUACUCCGAAAGCGAACAUAUCAAAGAAAAUAGAUACGAAAAGUACGAACAAUUCUGGCAGUCAUAAAGAUCAAGCAAAAGAUAUUCUGUUGUCGGGUUCCGAGAGUGUAAGAGUGGACGUUCCUCUGACAGAUGGAAAUGAUGAAGACGUCAAUCUUUUAACGUCCGCCACGGCUUCGUCCGUCAGUGUGUCCCCGAGACAAGCUUCAAGGUCGGACAGGGAAAAGGUAGAGAGCAACGAUAUUGCAAGAUCAAACACAAAGAAAAGUAGACAGUCUAGUCGAUCAAAAUCUCGUAACAGAUCCAAAACAAGGGAUCCUAAUCUCGAGACCGUGAAUUCCGGAAAUACUUCCCGCCGAGGUUCUUCCAGAUCCAGCAGUACUGUAACUGAGGAGAUGAAUAGACGAUCCUCCAAUUCUAGACACAGAUCUAGCUCAAAGAACGUCAAUUCGAGAGGCCGUUCCACACAUCAGUCGAGAGAUCCGGUCACGGCGGAAGCAAGAAAUAACGAUAGACAGAGGAAUAUAGACACCGAUUCUGAAACGAAUACAAACAGACGAACGGAUACACGACGUAACGACAGACGAACGUCCGCGGAAAUCAAGGUAGACGAGCAAGAUAUCCGGGUGCAAUCCAGAAGUCGGUCACGCGCAGCUACGAGCAACCUUGAAGUUACUACUACUUACGUUCCGAAAGCGACAAUCGCCGAAACGACUGUUUCUUCUGUGAACGCCGAGAUUACGACAUCCAGUUCUACAACAACGAUCAGACCAUCGACAACGAUUCGAAUGUCCACUUCGACUGAGCGAGUUUCACGCAAUAGAGGAAGAGAUAGAGGAGAAAGUUCUCGAGCGAUUAAACCCCCGAAGGAAGAUUUUUUCAAUUACGGUCUAGGUUUUCGUGGUCGAAAGACCUCAACAGAGGCAUCGUCCUCAAUUGUAACAGAAUCAAGAACCACUACGCCUAAAAGCGAAACGCAAUUACGUGGUAAUCCCGGAUGGACUCUCAGACGUCGACCUGGUCAUGUCAAUCAAGAUGCUCCUUCUUCAACUGCAUCUUCAACUACGCCAAGUAAUCGAGAUCAGACCAACGAAAUUGUCUUGUCCACUGAUUCGCCGAAGAGCACCGAAACACUGUCAACUAAUGUCGGACGAAGAGGUACCAAAAGACCAAAAGUAAAGGACGAGAGCGAUAUCGCAUCGGGAGUUGCGGCGAAGAGCACGACAAGAGGCAGUAAAACCUUCAACAAAUCCGAAAGCUUUGGUCUACCCAAGGGAACAGAACCCGAAAGCGACAAUUACCCUCCCGCAUUUCGAGCUAGACUAUCUCAAUUGAAAAAUUCUAAUUCGAAAUCUACUGAAGGAAAAAGUACAACUAGGACCAAUUUGCAGGAACAUUCAAAGGAACACACAUUACGACGGCAUAUACGAUCCAGCACGAAAACGAUGCAUGUAUCAGAAAAAAACGAAACUGUGGAAAAUGUGCUUGCGACAGACGUAGUCUUGCACGUCUCUUCUCCCACGAACCCCUUAACUUCGAUACUCGACCCAGAUACGCGACAAGCCACAAAACCAAGCUUGACGAGUCUGUUCUCCGAAAGAUCCAAGCUGAAACUGGAGUUAGCUAGAAGAUUAAUCAAACCCGAACUGAAUGUUGACGAGAACGAUUUUGAUGUAACAACGGCUGCUUAUUCCAAUAAAUCAAAAGCGAAAGAAGUUUCGACGGUCAGCGAAAGCAGAAAUAUAGAGAAAACAACAAAAGCGACCAGCAAGCUCAUUGGUACUCGUGCCACACAUGGAAGUUCGACAAUUGCGAGUGCGCCGAAAGAAAAAUCAAUCGUAAGAGGAAGAUGGAAGAUCUUAGAGACCAGAAAAUCAGCAAAAGAUCGAAAUAUUAAAUCUUCACUUAGAUCACCCACCGGUACUAAAAAGAUCCGAGUGACUUCUGAAAGAGCAUCUUCGUUCAUCGAAAAAACAUCGUCGAGGAACGUUACAGAACUUAACGCUAUACCACGUUUAAUUACGGUUUCACAUCGCGGUGCUGUUCCCGUAGAAGGAACGGCCGCCACGACAAAAGUCCAAUCUCCGACGAGCACCAUGGCAUCGCAGGAUGAAGUGUCAACGUUGACGAAUACAGUGGAAGCUAUAGAGGAAAACACCAUCAUUACAACAGUCGAACCGCUGAAGCCAGAUAAAACAUUCAUUGAAACUAUUACUGCAACAUCAGGUGCUGUCACUGAUGCACCAACAACAGAAUCUAAAGUCCUCACGGAAUUCCCUCAAGAAGUUACACUACCACCGACCGUUACCACGGUAAAUGAUAUACUUUCAUCGUCCACAUUAUCAACAUUAGAAAAAGUAUAUCCUGUUUAUAUUGCGAAUGCGAAUGACUUGUUAAGUGAUAAAGAAAAGACGACAAUCCUAAACGAUUCGAAUAAGGGCAGCGUUCGAUCUCGUUAUACAAGUCAGGGGCAACCGAACAAGGUAACAGUUUCUAUGGUGACAUCGAGAACCGUUGGACCCACUAGUAGAUACAUCCGGAAGAAAUCCGGCGUUUUCACGCCUUACGACUCCAUUCCCAAGACAUCCAAUACGGAAGCGACGCUUACGCAGACGAAACGACGAGAAUUCCGUCCGCGAACAUCGACUUACAGGAGGCAUUCCGAGGUGCCAACCAGCCAGCUGGUGAUUCAGCCGCCGACGACGGUCGAGCAGACGACCGCUGGCGUAACUAUCACCCCAAAGCCGACCAAGUAUCACGCUCAAGUUGAACCGAGCACUCGAUCUUUACCCUUUUCACGAUCUUCACCCGAUCCGUUAGUCAGCGUGAGGAUUGAUACCUCAAACGAUACCACUUCGCGAGUGUCCGGUAUCGCCGGAAGCAGCAAUGGUAAUAGCGGCAAUUCCAACAUCUUCAACCCCACUAGGAGCACGUAUCUCACUACGAAUACCACCACGCUACUGGAGCAACUACGGAGCACCGUGGCACCGCUCUUGAACAACUUAGGUGACAAGACCCCCAUCUUCUCCGGAGCCUAUUCUAAUGUGAAUACAGGGAAUUCAGCUCCCAGGAUAACACCUAACGGUUCCCCGCCCAGAUUCAGUGCGAGAUACAAAGGAGCAGAAUUGCUUGUAAGAAAACCGUCCGUUGGUCAAGCUGUAAUACCAUCGAUCACAACGUCAUCGACUACGGCUUCAACAUUAAUAGAGAAUUCCGGUUCGGCACCACCCGUUGCCAUCAACAGCCCCGGCGAGCCGAGAUUCAUCACUUUUUAUCAGGCAUUAGAGUCGGCUAGCAUAAGGAAUGAAAAUUUGGGCGCGGAAGACGUGUCUCAGCGGCAAAGACUAACUGGCGUGGUAACGAAGGUAGACCCUAACGCUACUGUACCUAACGGCGCCAGUAACGAUAUUGCUAACAACAAUGACACCAUCGCUCCAUCAAUCGCGACUACUACUACUACAUCCUCCCCAGAUAUCACUAUCGUAGACACUACCAUUGCCGUACAGUCGGCAAACAAUUCGCUCGCUUUGAUAUUAGGUGCCGAGAGUAGUACCGAUGGUAGUCCGGAAACCACCACGACAGUACAAACCCCCGCAAAUCCGGACACAAAUGGAGGAGAAACGACUCCAGUCCCCACCUCGGAAACGCCCGGGACCACCGUCCCUGUUAACACGAUAACGAACACUCCACCAUCCACCACUACUGAAACUGCCACGUCGACAAGCAUCACCGAUAUAACUUUGGCAGCAGAAUCCUCCACAGAAUCCAUUCCUAACGACGUUCAAUCCACUGAACUGAGCACCAAAACCACGGAAGUAGCAACGCUACCCAUCACUGAAACGGUGAACACAAGAGUAUCCAUGCCAGUUUCUCAAAAUCUGCAAACGGCGAAUGAUACAUCGGAUACAACAAUAUCACCCCCAAUCACCAAUAGCGUUACCGUGAUGCACGUUCCACCGGAAGCGACGACUAUACUCGCGAUGAACGACACGUCGGAGAAUAUUGAGACGAAUAUCAUGCAACAAUCUGAGGAAACGACGCCUCGCCUAACAGAAACGACCAUCAUAAUCGAGAAUAUAGAAACAAAUACCAUACAGCAGUCUGAUACGACGAAUCCGUCUCAAACAACGGAAAUUACGAGCACUGCUGAGCCAACCACGACCGAAGAAAUUUCGAAUGACGUAAUCGAAAUUCGUACGACAGCGAUACCUGCUUUCUCAACUACAUACCGCACACGAUUAGUCGAUUACGCGCAAGAUAUUCUAUCACUUUUAUCGCAAAAGGGAGUUACGACGAUUAACACACCAAUCCAAAGACCUAUCGCUAUGACGACCGUGUUUCCCGAGCUGUCCAAUGUGAUACCGGAUUCGUCGUCAACAAAUACAGAGAACCCGGCGCAACCGGAAGAGACAACUACCAUACAGAUAGCUGGACCGGGUAUCGAUGAAACGACGGAGUCAUUUGAUGUAGAGUUCGUGUCGAUCACGACGGAUGGAUCAGAAGAGAUCAAUCGAAAUACAGUAGAUGUAAAUAUUAUGCUUCAGGGUCAAUCUAACGACCAAGGGAUAAACGCACAGAAUACAUUGGAUUCGAAUACAGCAACGGAACAAACAUUUUCGAGUACCGUAGGCAACGAGCGCAACACGGCAUCAGAUCCCGAAUCGACAACGACAACUCAGGAUGCGCGAGCUCCAAUGACAGAUGGAGAAAUUGUGACCACCACGAUGACACCGACCUCGCAACUCGUUGAGUCCGUUACGGAGAACGAUUCCCGAUCGUCUAAUGAUACGUUACUCGCUGAGCUAAUGACUAUCGCGAAGACUCUCUUCACGGAAGCGAUGAACGACACACGACAGUUGGGUCAAACUGACGGCACGGUAGGAAACGAUAGAAAUCGAACCGUGUUGAAUGUCACGUCAGAAGCUACCACUGCACCUUCCGAACUUUCGGAACCUUUAGAAAACACUACCGAACGUAUAGACGUCACAACACUCAUUGAUUUAUUUGGAAAUGAAAGAGGAGAUAAUUCUACCCGCGGCCCUGUUGUAGGAUCGAAUAUUUUGUUAGUGGAAUCUAAUGCGCGAUCCACCAAUGUAGAUGAUGUUACCACAAUGUCCCUUUCGCAGAUGAAGACCGGAAUAUCAAACAUCACUACGGUUACGGCCAGCAUGAGUUCUGAACUAACUACUAAUACGCCUGACUCACAAUUAUCUAAUCCAAUUGAAUCAUCCAGUAACAAUACUGAACAACAAACUAUUACGACAGUUUCAAAUAACGAGACUCAGUUGUUGAAUCGGUUAUUAGAAUUCGCUACCAAUAAUCCUUUAGCGAGCUCUGUUAUCGCGAAUACAGAGGGAAUGCUGUCCACGUUCGACGUAAACAAUUCCACGACGUCGGACAUGGUAACAGAAUUAACUACUAGUGUAGCUAUGACGGAAAUGAACGUUGUACAAACGAAUGCCAUAGAUACCACUAAUCAAACACCGAUACCCACCACGAUAAUGUCUGCAUCUGACCUGCAGGUUACAAACGAUCAAUCCCUCAUAGCAAAUGCAUCGGAUAUCACUACAACACUUCCAAUGGUAUCCGAUACGAGCGAUACUCAGCCAUUUGAUACAGAACCUCCCAUCACGGAAUCAGUUCGUAACUUAGUAGGCUCCACCGACACUACCACUAAUCAACUCAACGAUAUAACAACAAACGCCCCUCAAAUGCUAACCGAUCUCGUAAGCGAGAUGCCAAAUUUUAUUGCCCGUUUACAGGAUACAACGUCAACAACAACCGCCCAAGGGACGGCUGGUUCGAGAAUCAUCCAACCCGAGCAAACGACCGAAACCAUCAUCACUAUCACCACCACCAUUCCUAACAUCACAACAUCUUUAACAUCAACAAUCGAUUCCACCACAUCCCCCGUAUCCUCUACCAACGCAUCAACCAUCCCAUCCUCAUCAGUUGAAUCAACCAUAGCAACUACGACAACGGAGACCACGACGACGACAACAUCGACAACUUCCCAAACGACAUCAACGGAAGCGUUACCGCGAUCCGAGUUCACUACCACUGUCGAAUCGACGUCUGAAAUGACGACUACGACUGCCGACAUAAACGAUAAUCUUGUUUCCACUGAGACAACGACUGAUACCUCGACUACGCAAGGCACAACAGUCGUCCCGACUGAAUCGGAGGAUCUGAACAUGAUAUCGAGAAUAAACGACGGAGAAGAAAUGAUGACAACAACGACAACAAGUGUCGCACCACCCACAAAUGGCAUAAAUAAUACGUCAACCACAACAACCACGUCGACGACCGCACGGACUACUGUGCUAAAUCGAGUAUCAUCAUUUCCGGCAUCUACACUUUUCCAACCAGGACCCUAUCUGGGACGUUUCGGUGGCAGCCAAAUGACUCCACUUCCGAGAUCCAGCUCCUCUAAGGCUCCUGUUCGUGACUACUUGAUUUAUGGUAUUUAUCCUAACAAGACCAUUGUGCGGAAGCGACCGGAGGACAAUGUGAUCGACGGCAGAAAUGUAGACAGCCCGUACGUGAUAUUCGGCAUCUUUCCGGACGGCAGACUAGUUCGGAAGUUUCCCAACGGAACGAUAAUACCAGAUUCACCCAGGAACCCGGUCGAGGUUGUGUUCACACUUAGAACUACCACUACUACUAACCGACCAGCACCCAGGCCAUAUUAUAACCAGGCUAACCAAGCAGGCGUUUAUAACAACCAGUAUCAAGUCCCGGUGUACUAUAGUAACGGUAGACCCAUGGAUGACCUGACGAGAGGCGCCCAGAGCCCCGGAUCUUUUGAUUUUGGACUUAUUGGUAAUGCGAUCGGCGUUACCCCUGGAGGCCCUAAUUUCACGGGACCAUUUGGUCCCCCUGCUAGCGUCCCAAGCACAAACAAAAUGAGCGAUAUUUUAUUAAAUUCUCAAAUGGAUACGUUGCCGAACUCAUUCGGUAAUCAGAGGCCAAGUAGCAGUCAAGUACAAGGCCCUCCAAGGAUCAUCCAGGAUCACGAAAGAAACGAAGCUUCUCGGACAAGAGUGACGUCUGGUCAAAACAGUGCUGUAUAUAUCGGACAGGAUAAAUUUAUUAAUUAUCAGAUUGAUGGUGCACCUGAUAUCAAUCCAAAAGUCGUUGAUGUAAGAAUAAAUUCAGUGGCUACUUCUGUGAACGAAGGCACGGCAUCAUCUACAGCGUCGAACCCGUCUUUUGAAAAUUUACUGAACAAUCAAUCGGGUGGUAAUAUAAUAACAGCACCUCCUGGUUUUCCUUGGAGAGAUCCUCUUGAUCAGAUAUUUGGUAUCACUACCAACUCACCUAUGCAAACAGCAUCUGUGGCAUCAAAUCAACUAGACGAGCCAAUCGGAAACAAUGCACCGAUUGUGUCACGUGUAAAUUCCAUGGUGGAAGUUUUCACACCAAUCGUGAGCACUGCAGUAACAUCUCCAUCCCCAAUUACUGUAACUACAACACCUACUACUACUACUACUGUCAGUACCACCACUCCUACUACUACCAGCACUACCACCCCUACUACUACUAGUACUACUACACCUACUACUACUACUACUGUUAGUACCACCAUUCCUACUACUACUACUACUAGCACGACCACUCCUACUACUACUACUACUACUACUAGUACUACUACAACACCGGCACCAACAACAACCGCAACGACGACUACUGCCGCUACUACCACUACCACCACCACUACAACUACCACAACUACUACUUCAACAACGACUCCUUCAACAACGACCACAAGUCAAACAACAACGCCAGCAAGUAUAGGAUCAGUUCCACCAUCAACUACCGCAUCGACAAUAUCUACGAAUAACAUAUUAAGCAGAUUACAAGCGAAUACAGUGGAGAAUCCCUUUGGUAGCACGUACGGGGAUUUGGCUUUCCUGAAUUCAUUGUUACAAAACAACAAUGUUAAGUCCACUACGCCGAAAACGUUAAGUGAAAUAGAGCAAUUAUUAGCAAACAGGAUUUUGUCGCUUGCACUGGCUAAUCCUGGGCCAACGAGAUCGCCAAAAGCUAUUCAAACUGCGAAUUCGAAUGCGAAUGUGAAUGUAAUUAAGAAUCCAUCAAAGAGCACGUCAUUCGGAUUGUCUUCCGAACCAAUAAUAAUUGACUUAUUACCACUUACGCCAAGCGUAUCCAGCAGCACAUCAUCUACGAAGAAGUACACUGAAACAGCCGCGCCGACUAAAGCACCAGUCGUUAUCACUGCCAAGCCUAAGACGACAGCCAGACCUAAAACUACCACCCCUCGAGCGCCUGUAGGAUUUGGUUCGGGUUUAUGGCGAGCAUUGUUUGGCAAUAACUUUUUCGACGCAACCACUGCAGCGAGCGCUGUAAAAAGGAAACCCACGAUUAAGGCGACUCAAAAACCUGCCAGCUCCACCCAAGCACCAGCGCAGAUCAUCAAGUCGACGCUUACGAAUCACGUAAUGACCUCGAUCAAAUCGCCAACGACGCCAAGAAAUGUAGAUAUUUCGGACAUUCAUGUAUCUUCGAGCACAUCGCUCGCAGACAAUAUCAUUUCCGCGUCAACGCCAAGUACGAUUUCAACUACGCUCUUAAAUAAUCCUAGAUUGAGAGACGUCUCUACGUCUAAGUAUUCAUCCGAGGAUGACGCGAAAUUCUUGGCUGCGCUCCUGCAAGCAGUACAAACGGAAACGAGAACAAGUACUUCGGCGACAACACGAUUAAGUGAGGAUGAUGAAGCCUUUUUGAGAGCGAUUUUAAAUAAUCAGGCUAGCAUUUCUACCACAACAUCGUCAUCUACCGAAGUGAAUCCUGCUGCUUUGCUGGCUCUACUCUUAAAACAACAAGGAAUAGAACCCACAACACCAGCAACAAAACUUAGGGAACAAUUACAAUUAUCAAGUCAAGGUCUGCUUACGCCAGAUGCGACUUCGACCACGACUCGACCAACAACCACUAGACCGAGCACCAUAGCGAAGCAAGUAGUGACAUCGAGACCUUCUGCGAGACCAAGACCAACAGAGAAUAGACUACAGACUACGACAUGGGCUCCAAGUUCAACAUAUCCGCCUCCUCUCUUCGGAGGAAGUGGCUCGGGUAAUGGAUUGGUUACCGCUACUAGAGCCAUAGGCAGAUUCCUUGGCGCUGCCAUUUCGGGUGCAGCUCAACAGUUACAAUCUUUACUAAGAAAUAGUACCAGAAGCGCAGCCGGAUAACAUUAGAAUGGAAAAGGAUAAUAUACAUCAAUUUUCAAUCAACCUGAGAACAAAUAUCAGGAUUGAGAUAGUUAUUAAUUAAUAUCGUGCUUGCUGUUGAAAGUGCAUAUAAUGGCAACAUGGAAGUCGACAAAACGCUAGGAAAGUUCAAUCAAGACAACAGGAAACUUGCUCAAUUAUUAUGAGGACUAUUAUGAAUAAUAGAUGAAUAAUAGAUGAAUAAGUCUCAAAAUCAUAUUUUAAAAAAUUUCUUCCUAAAAAAAAUCAUUUUCGGAAUAAACAAAUAAAAAAAUAUUAAAUGUUGAAUAAAAAAUUCUCAAUAUAAAGAGUACUUAAAUAAGUUUAAAUCGACUAGUACAACGUACAAAGGUGUACUCGAUGUCUUGACCGAACAUUUCUUGUCGAUUCCUCAUCUAAGAAAUGAAUAUUUCGUUCAUUGUUGUUAAUUAUCACUAAAUUUAAUACCGAUACAAUUCUCAUUGAAAUUCGAAAAAGAAAGUUGAAAAAUAUAUUAAUUCAUUUCAUUUUCUUUACAUUUAGAAACUCAUUUUUAAUUCAAAAGAAUUCGAUCCGACAGGAAGCCGAAGAUAUCGUUGAAUAAAUUUUUCUUUCUCGAUAUUUCUUGAGAUAAUCUUGUGACAAGAUGUUCCGUGAUAAUUCGCAACGACGAUUUCGAACGUCGAAACAAUCCUAAAACUUUGCAAACAUUUCCAAAGUAAGCCUAUCGACUUUCCUCCGGGUGUACUUAUGGAGAUAUUUGUAACGAUCAUUAUAAUUAAGAUAAUAUACUAGCGCGACGCUUUUCAUAUCGUUACUUGUGUGCUCUAUCAAUGUGUCUUGUCUCUACGGUUUUUCUUCUUAUUUUUCUACUGUCCUUUCGGUGAAUGUGCUCAGUGGAUUGUUAACGUCUUAAUACUUUGCAUGCGAAUGACUCUGUAAAAUAUGGUAUUUAGCAAGUUAAUUUCGUGAUAAUUAAAAUUUUUUAAGUCUAACUUGUGAGAAGUUAAAUAAUUGUAAUAGACACUGAACUGUAUGCAAAUUGUAUGCGCAUCAUCUGUAUGCAAAGUUUUAAAUGAAAAAUUGUAUGUUUCGAUCAAUACUUUUGCAAUUUAGAAGAGAGUUCUUACUUCUUCAACAUCUCGCCUUGCAUCCGCGUAUCAAUAUAUAUAUAUAUCAUACGCAAAUUGUACAUUAUUAAAUUAAAUUGUUUUUAGAGAAAAAGGGAGCGUAACAUAAUUACGAUUUUUUAAUGUAAGGAGGGAGUGCAACGUAAUAGUAUUUUUUAAUGUAUGUAAAUAAUGUUAUAGAGCGAUUGAGAGAGAAAGAUUAAGAAUGGGGCAAAACUACUUGAGCAAUUUUUUUUAAGCAACCAAAAAAUUUAAAUAACAUCAUAAAUAUUGAAAAAUUUUUAGAAAUAUUCAUUUAGAGAUAUUCUUCAUAUGACUUUUAGAUGUCACGUUUAUUCAAAAAGAGAAAGUUAUCUUGAUGUCGUCCCCAUUCUGACAGUUCGGUAUGUUUCGUAAUUGAUAAGGUAUAAACAAAACUUAAUAUUUUUUAAUAUAGACUCUCUACUCAAAAUAAUGCAAUUAUU